AAGGGUGAUGAGUGGAAGACAGCAUUUAGCACUACCUCAGGUCAUUAUGAGUACCUGGUCAUGCCAUAUGGGUUGAUGAAUGCUCCAUCAGUUUUCCAAUCAUUUGUAGAUGAGAUCUUCAGGGACCUGCACGGGCAGGGUGUAGUGGUGUAUAUCGAUGAUAUUCUGAUAUACUCUGCUACACGCGCCGAGCAUGUGUCCCUGGUGCGCAGGGUGCUUGGUAGCCUGUUGGAGCAUGAUCUAUAUGUCAAGGCUGAGAAAUGCUUGUUUUUCCAACAAUCCAUCUCCUUCCUAGGGCAUCGGAUUUCCACUUCAGGAGUGGAGAUGGAGAGCGACCGCAUUACAGCCGUGCGUAAUUGGCCGACUCCAACCACGGUAAAGGAGUUGCAGCGUUUUUUGGGGUUUUCCAAUUACUACCGGAGGUUUAUCCGGGGUUUUGGUCAGGUGGCAGCUCCCAUUACCUCACUGCUAAAGGGGGGCCCGGUGCGCUUGCAGUGGUCGGCUGAGGCGAACAGGGCUUUUGAGCACCUGAAGACUCUGUUUACCUUGGUGCCUGUGCUGGCUCAUCCGGAUCCCUCUUUGCCAUUCAUAGUGGAGGUGGACGCAUCCGAAGCUGGGAUAGGAGCAGUGCUCUCUCAGCGUUCGGGUACGCCACUGAAGCCCCCCACCCCAGGUCCUGCCCUGCCCCUUGCCCUUCCACGGCCCCGGCUGCAGUGUCUGUCCUCUGGGGGGACGGUGACCUCUGACCUGCCUUUGAGGCUCCUCUACCGUCCAGCUCUGUGA